CGCUGCUUGAAUUCACGAGCGACAUUGCCAUUUGGGAAGUUGCCAUCCCUGCCAGGCCCCACAAGGCAAUGAGCAACCGUUCCGCGGCACCCGUGGACCCACAACUGCUUGGCAACCAGAUUUCCUCGACCACAGCUCCCUUCCAGCCUGGGGGCUCUCAAAACCUUUAACUGGGCAGCUAUUCAACACAGCACUGCAGCUAUUAGCUUCAAUUAGGCCCCCAACAAAUCCUUUACCUACUGUGUGAUUUUGCCAUUGCGCUCGAGACGCAGAGCUUGUCACCGACCAUGGCGACCAACGUCAAGCUCACCAACAAAAACCCCAGCCAACCGAUCAAGGGGUUGCCGGGGGUCAUAGAGCUGCCCCACGACAUCACCGUCGAGAAUGUCAAGAUUUUGAUUGCCCGCAAAACGGGCAUCAGCGACUUCAACCGCAUCGGCCUGUUCGACCCCGUAUUCAGACACACUCUCAAGAACCGCCAUGCGCUCAUCUGGGACGACCUACACGUCAAAGAAGCCCGCGAGGUCGUGGUCAAGGAUCUUGGCCCCCAGGUCGCCUGGCGCACCGUAUACGUUAUCGAAUACUUGGGCCCAAUCCUCUUCCACAUCCUCAUCCCCCUCGUCAGGCCGAUCCUGUACGGCUUCGUUCCCUUUGUCGACCAGAGCCGGGUCGGGGCGCCCAUGGCGCGCGUACAGUGGCUGCUGUUCGCCUUGUUCCACCUCCACUUCCUGAAGCGCGAGUUCGAGACGCUCUUCGUGCACAAGUUCUCGGCCAACACGAUGCCGGCCCGCAACAUUGUCCGCAACUCGGCCUUCUACUGGCUCGCGGCCGGCCUGCUCUGCGCGCUGGACAUCUACCGCCCCGACCAGUCGUCGGCCCGCGACGAGCUCGGCCCGCUGGAUCUUGUCGGCCUCGCCCUGUUCGUCGUCGGCGAGUCGUGCAACUGGGUCGUGCACCGGCACCUGGCCAGCCUGAGGAAGCCCGGCGGCACCGAGAAGGGCAUCCCGAACUGCAUCGGCAGCAGCCUCGUCACGAGCCCCAACUACAUGUUCGAAGUCCUGGCCUGGCUGGGCGUCAUCCUGAUCAGCCGCAGCUGGACCGUCGUGUUCUUCAUCAGCAUCGGCAUCCUGUACAUGCGCAGCUGGUCCCGCGGCAAGGAGAAGGCGCUGCGUAAGGAGUUUGGCGACCGGUACAAGAAGAAGCGGUACACCAUGCUGCCGGGGCUGAUCUGAGCCCGCAGGCGUGCUUCAUGCGGUGGUUCAAUGGGGGAUGUACGAUGGAAAAGAUCAGGGUGGCCAUACACCAGGGUGGCCAUACGGGGUGACGUUAUUGCUACGCUGCGCGAGAU